CUUUACAUAAACGACGGGCAGCCGUUUAAUCGUUUUGAUCAUUUCGCAUCCCUGAUUGACUCUAAUUAUUAUAGCAAACACUACCAAUGUCUCUAAAAGUUCUCAAAAUCUAGAACAAAAGGAGACAACCAAGCAGCAAGUUAAGACUUGAAUAAGUGAUACACGUUCACAGGCCACAACAUUUUUUGCUAAAAGCAAGUGGCUAUGGAACAAAAAAAUUUAAAAAAUAAAUAAAUUAAUGUUCAGUAUCAACGCUUUGGAAAUAUGUAUCGCUCGUCGGAAAACGCCUUCAAUAUUUCAGGGGAUCCGCUGGCCUGGCAUCGCGAGCCCAGAAUAAGCCUCAACAUAAGCGACACCGACGAACCAUCGGACGAAUGGCUCAUUCGGCUUCCGACCAUUCCGACAGUGGAUCUGUGCUCGCCCACGCUCAUCCACAACACGCCACCGCUACCACGGAGACGUCGGAGUGUUCUCCGGCUGAUAGCGGCCAACGCCCCCGUCGUGGAAUCGAUAACCCUGGAGGAUACCAUCGUAGAGGAUGUGCCACCGGCGAACGAGUUGCAGGACGGUGUCAACAGUGAAAAGAUGAACGCUUCUAACCGGCCGCCAGAGAUCGUUUGUCCGAUCUGUUUGGAGUCGAUUGCCAAGCUGCCGAUCUCGGCCACAAUGUGCGGCCACGUGUACUGCACCACGUGCAUCGAAAUGGCGAUCCAGCUGCGGAAAUGUUGUCCCAUCUGCAAAGAGCCGCUGGAGCCGGAGUCGGUGCACCGAGUUUAUUUCAGUUUUGUUUAGAAUGUUGAUUGCCUUUUUGAGUGUGUGAUGUGUUGCGUUUUGUGUCCAAAUAAAUAUUUCUUUCUUGAAUCAU